CUUUCACGCUUUCUUGUCGCAAUUCACUCUCCUUGAUUGGUUCACAUUUUGGUUAGAAAUGUUCUCGCUCGCACGCACUGCUUUCCGUAUCAGAGCGCCGGUCCAGCGGACGAUGGCCACAGCAGCGGUGUCGUCGCGGCUGGAGCGGUCGCGGCCGGCCAAGACACAUACAGAGUACAAAAAGCCGUUCUCCGCGCGCAAGCAGUUCCUGUUUGGCGAGUACGAGGCUCAUUUCCACCACAACCUGAGCGGAUCAGAGCAGGCGGCGCAGCGGCGUGAUCUGAAGCUGAACGCGCAGGGAGCGAAGCUGAUGAUUGUGCGGUCACGCAUGGUUCAGGCUGUGCUGCGCGACACUGCGUACGCCAACCUCACGAGUCUGUUCUCGGGCCCGUCGGCAAUUGUGUACUGGCAGAAGGACGCCAUGGCUGAGGACUUCGAUCCGGUGCUGGCGAUGCGGCAGGCGAUGGAGAUUACGGGCCAGCAGCGCAAGAUGGACUUUGUCAAUAUGCCAAACAUCGACCAGUUGCGCGCCCAGAUCAUCGGCGUUGUGCAGUCGCCGUCGCAGCAGCUGGCGUCGCUGCUCCAGCGCAUCCCGCAGCGGCUUGCUGGUGUGCUGAAACAGCGGGCUGAUGGCGAGUCCCAGGAGGCAAAGUAA